GGAUGGCUGCAAAAGGAAGGCCUCCCCGGACGUGUGGUCGCCGCGUGUUCUCGGUGGCGAGUCGGCUCGCUCGUUCUGCGAUCUAUUAGAGUGGCUUCCGAGGGCCCCGGGCUGAUGUCGGGGAGGGAGGGAAGAUGGCGGCCGUGGCAACGGGCGGCCUCGUGGGGAAGGGGCGCGACAUCAGCCUGGCGGCUCUGCAGCGCCACGACCCCUAUAUCAACCGCAUCGUAGACGUGGCCAGCCAGGUGGCUCUGUACACUUUCGGCCAUCGGGCCAACGAGUGGGAGAAGACUGAUGUGGAAGGAACCUUAUUUGUUUACACAAGGUCUGCAUCUCCAAAGCAUGGGUUCACCAUUAUGAAUAGGCUGAGCAUGGAGAACAGGACAGAACCCAUUACUAAAGACCUGGAUUUCCAGCUCCAGGACCCUUUCCUUCUCUACAGAAAUGCCAGAUUGUCCAUUUAUGGGAUUUGGUUUUAUGAUAAGGAAGAAUGCCAAAGAAUUGCAGAGCUUAUGAAAAACCUAACUCAAUAUGAACAGUUGAAAGCCCAUCAGGGAGCUGAAGCAGGAAUCUCCCCAAUGAUCCUCAAUUCAGGAGAGGGAAAAGAAGUAGAUAUCUUACGAAUGCUCACCAAGGCCAAAGAUGAAUACACAAAGUGUAAAACUUGUUCUGAGCCAAAACAGAUAACUAGUUCAUCUGCCAUCUACAGCAACCCCAAUCUCAUCAAGCCAAUUCCAGUGAAGCCCAAUGAAAACAAGCAACAGCACAUACCUCAGCCCAGCCAGACCUUAGACCCUGAACUCCAGCACUUGUCCUUGACAGCGCUCUUUGGGAAGCAUGACAGAGCCCGAUGUCAGGAAACUGGGAGGCCUCCACAGACCCUCCACCAGCACCAGCAGCAGCAAGAGAAGCCUCCAGUUAGGCAGGGGGUUGUGCGUUCCCUGUCCUAUGAGGAACCCAAAAGACACUCGCCCCACAAUGAGAAGCAGUUCUGUCCAGCCAUUCAGAAACUCCUGGUCAGGAGUGCAGACCUCCAUCCAUUGUCAGAGCUUCCUGAAAACCGACCCUGCGAAAAUGGCAGCACCCACUCUGCUGGGGAAGUUUUUACUGGACCUGAUCAGUCACGAUCUCCCCAGGCUACUGGGACUUCUCAUUGUGUGCACAGUGCUUCCAGAACUCAGAACCUGUUCGAAAAGCUUCACAGUGCCCCAGGAGCAGGGAAGUGUGAUCCCAGUGCACCAGCCCCUGCCAGCUCAGCUGCCCCAGGCUUCAGCUCGGCCCUGACUGCUGCCGCCCCUGCCACUCAGCCACAACUGGUACACUUCAAUGGCUCCCUUCCGCCUCAGGCGCUAGGACGUCAGGCUCCUGGAAGAGAACAGUCUGCAUGCCCAAGACAAAUGCUCCCCGUCUCUGGCAAUCAGACUAGUGGUUCUGGAGUGAUCUCCCCUCACGAGUUACUGAAAAAGCUUCAGAUUGUGCAGCAGGAGCAGCAGCUGCACGUUUCUCACCGACCAGCCUUGGCAGCCAAGUUUCCUGUGGUGACUCAGAGCUCUAGACCAGGGAACCCCUUGGAGUCCUGGAUCAACAAGACAUCCAGCACAGAAAGGCAGGCUCCUCUUUUCCAGGUCAUCUCCCCUCAGCCCAUUCCUACUACGGCGGCCCCUUCCCUGCUCAUGUCCCCCAUGGUGUUCACACACCCCACCUGUAACCCAACGCAGAGGGACAGCGGGCUCUUGCCACUGGGAAGCCAGGACCCAGCUGCUGCCUCCGCCAGCCUCCUGCUGCCCCUGCAGAGCUCAGAGCCCUCCAUGCUCACCAGCAGCCCACUCACCAAGCUGCAGCUCCAGGAGGCCCUUCUGUCCCUCAUUCAGAACGAUGACAACUUCUUAAAUAUAAUCUACGAAGCUUAUCUCUUCAGCAUGACACAAGCAGCCACGAAAAAGACUUUCUGAAAGCAGAUCAUUUUCAAAUGAUUUUCAAGGUCUUCCAGCUCAAGGUUCUUUCAUGUUAAGUGGUGUUACCCUAAAUGUUUCUGCCUUUUUAAAAAAGUAUGUAUAAUAUGAAGUAAAAUAUUUCAGACUUUCUUUCAGUCAAGGUUUUAAAAGAAAAAAAAAAUUACAUCCCUCAGUACACUGGUACUAAGACUUGAGUGGGUAGAAAGUCCUUUGCUCAUAUCACACAGUAAGUGCAAUGCUUAAAUUAUUUUUUUCUUACAUGUAUGGGGCCAUUUCGAGAAGAUUUAGCCUCUCCAUAGGGACGGCUGUUCUGAAAACUUGGUUUCUUUUCUAUUAGCUCUGGUUAUUCUGUGAACACUGUGUAGGUCCCAUUGCCGAGCUCCGUGUGCUACUGUGAUGCUGACCACCAGGUGGCAGUGUCCCCUCACAGACGAACCUGCACGGCCCUUACCCAGCCUGUGGAAGUAAUGCUGGUUUCCGGACAAAGUAACCUUUUAUUUGUAAAAGUCCAAUUGGCAUGUUUUCCCCGGGAUUCUGAAGGGAAAUUAUUUCUAAAGGUAUUUAUAGCUGGUUUGUAGAGGAUAGCCGUUCUAGGAGCCCACAAAUGGCCCAGAUUUCCAGUAACACUUCAUUUAUCCCCGCUCAUGUUGUUUCUUUUGGACCAACCAGCAGAGUAUGCCUGCCUGUGCUUCCAAAUGAACGUUUUAUCAUUUUUAGCAAAACGUGCUGAGAAGAAGGUCACAGAAGAUUUUAAAGCCUUUUCUUAGCCUCUGAGGAUAGAUAGUAGACUGUUCAGGGACAUAAUGAUAUGGAUUCUUCAAGCUUUGAGCAGAUUGAUUUUUAUGUUCACAGAGAUGAGGAGCUUAAUCUUGGAAGGAGUCAGACGAGCCCUUGCCAAGCUGUUAAAAGCCCAAAAGAGUGGGCAUGGGGAUUAGUCCCUGUGGAGUAUUAGUAAUAAAUAAAGCUUUGCAUUU